AUGUCUACAUCUAGUCAAAAAGUUAAAUAUCCAUUUUGGUAUGGUGGUGCUGCCAGUAUGAUAGCUUGUUUGGUAACCCAUCCUUUGGAUCUUGCAAAGGUUAGAUUACAAACAGCUACUACUCCGGGUCAAUCUUUAAUAUCAAUGAUUUAUCAAAUCAUUUCCAAGGAAGGUCCUUUAAAGAUCUAUUCUGGUUUAACUGCUUCAUUAUUAAGACAAGCUACUUAUUCAACUACUAGAUUUGGGAUUUAUGAAUUCUUAAAGGAAUCAUAUAUAGAAAAAACUCAAAAUCCAAAACCAAGUACUGCUGUGUUAUUACCAAUGUCAAUGAUUUCAGGUGCUAUGGGUGGUUUAGUUGGUAAUCCAUCUGAUGUGGUUAAUAUUAGAAUGCAAAAUGAUUCAACUUUACCAAUUGAACAAAGAAGAAAUUAUAGAAAUGCUAUUGAUGGGAUUAUUAGAAUUUGUAGAGAAGAAAGUGUGGGAUCAUUAUUUAGAGGUUUAACUCCAAAUUUAGUUAGAGGAGUAUUGAUGACGGCAUCUCAAGUUGUAACUUAUGAUAUUGCAAAGAAUAUAUUAGUGGAUAAUGUACAUAUGGAUCCAACUAAGAAAUCAACUCAUUUCAGUGCAUCAUUAUUAGCAGGUUUAGUUGCUACUACUGUUUGUUCACCAGCUGAUGUGGUUAAGACAAGAAUUAUGAAUGCUAAAGGUGCUGCUGAAGGUAGUGCUGUAACUAUUUUAACUAAUGCUGUUAAGAAUGAAGGGGUUGGAUUCAUGUUCAGAGGUUGGUUACCAUCUUUCAUUAGAUUAGGACCUCAUACUAUUGUUACUUUCUUAGCAUUGGAACAAUUAAGAAAGUAUAAAAUAGGAAUGUGGUGA